AGCUUUGCGUUUCUCAGCGGCGUGCAGCGCCUGUAACAGCUUCCUGCGUGUUUUCCAGCGUGAACAUGAACGUGGCUGAAGCUAAAUCAGAGCUGAAGCGGCUGCUGAGCAGACUGAGGCCGGCUGAACUCACGCAGCUGCUGGGCUGGAUGAAGAACUCGGAUGAGCUGGAGGACGAGCUGCUGGGAGAUAACGGGAGGGUGCUGCUGCAGAGUAUUGCAGAGGACCUGAGGGCAAAUGUGCCCCCUGAUGCUAUGCUGCCCUCUGAGACCGCUGCCUACAGUAAGAUGCAGCGGCGGUCACGGCCGACGGUUCACGUGGAUAGCUUCCUGUACGACGACGAGCAGGUGGACUCCCUGUGUGAACGGGGACUCAUGAGCCGCAACUACUGCCUCAGCUGUGGAUCCCACAGGACUGCACCUCUGGACUUCAUCUCUCACUCGUUCUCCGUGACUGAGCUUCAGUUCCUGUUCCAGCACGUUCUUCCAGAUCUGAGUGGCCGGACACUGGUGGAUGUAGGAUCCAGACUGGGUGCUGUGCUGUAUGGGGGGUACGUGUACAGCUCAGCGUCCCGGUUGCUCGGCCUGGAGAUCAGCGAGGGUUUCGUCAGGCUGCAGGACUCCAUGCUGCACAAAUACAAGCUGACUGACAGAGUUCAGGUCCUCCAGGCUGACGUCUGCACGCAGGAUAUUCUGCUGCAAAACGCAGAUGUUGUUGUCAUGAAUAACGUCUUUGAGUACUUCAUGGAGCCCGAGCAACAGGUCAGGGCAUGGAAGUUCAUCAUGCAGAAUUUCCGGAAGAAGGGAUCUCUGCUGGUCACUGUUCCCAGUCUGCACGAGAGUCUGAAUCCCCUGCAGGUGUUGCAGCCUGACUGGGUGGAGGAGCUUCCUAUCAACUAUGACGUCUACCUGGGCAGAGACACAGACCCCGAUGCUCUCAGACAGAUCCACCUGUACAGGGUCAUCUGAUUUGGACUGGACCUGUUUGAUCCCUGAUCUCAGUUGAAAUCGUCUUGGCUAAUUUAUACUCUGAACUGAACUGGUCAGAAGUGAGCUUGUUAAAUCCAAACCCAGUUAAUUAAACCCAUGAUCUGUUUUAAACUGGUUAGGAGGGGUUGAAGUUAUCUGGGUUGGUUAGAGCUGGACUCUUCCUUCCCUGGUCUACAUAUCAAAGAAACUCAGGCUUUGUCUCGUUAAUUGAGUUGCACUUGCAAAAUACUAUGUUAAUAUUAUAUGUCAGUUAAUUCAGGGUUGACUAAAUGUGUGUCCUUUACUAUAAAGGCUUGGCAACAAGUAACCAAUCACAAACAUGGACAGAUGAGCGUGGCAACAUGAUGAAAGUGUCAAAGUGAGACUUUCUCUAGUAAAUCCACAUAUUGAGUCACAAUGAGACUACCUGACUAUCCCAGCAGAAAACUCAAUAAAUACAACUUUCCACAAA